CGAUCAUCUAAGUAGCCUAAUGAGCAUUCGGAAAAAACGGAUCUGACACGAAAUUUAGAUCCGAAGGCGAAAGAGAUGAAGAUCAGCGGUUCCACUCGAGAUCCAAAUUUUUUAAAUUUUCAUGGUGAAGGCGAUCCAUUAUUUACGCUUGAAAAAUUUAGAUUUUACGUACAUGAUAGCCUAGAACAAAGUUUUGAAUCCUUUAGAAAUAUCCCUUCGACACAAAACACUCAACCACUAACAGGGGACCAGGUAUAGGAGGUCAUACAUUCCAGGUUUAGAUUCAUUUCUAAAUCACAGUCACACGUUCACACUUUCAAGAUGAAGUUUGUCCGCAGCAAGCAGUCCAUUGUCCUGCCGAAGGGCGUCACCGUGGAGGUUAAGGCCCGCAAGGUCACCGUCAAGGGCCCGCAGGGAACCCUGAAGCGCGACUUCACCCACCUCCCGGUCUCCAUCGCGAAGAUCGACGGCGGAAAGAAGUUGGAGGUCAGCCUCUACUUCGGCCUGUCCAAGCAGAUCGCGUCUCUGCGAACGGUAUACUUAAAAGAUAAUCGUCAUUGAUGAAAUUACUUUGCGUCAUCCCACGUUGGGCGCUGGCGCACACCGACAUUGCUCAUAUCGCCUAGUACAAGCUUUUAAGUUUCCCUCUUGUCUUCCUCAUUUAGAAAUCUAAAAAACCUAAAUGAUUUUUUUCCCAUGAAAAAUUAUCCCAGGUGUGCUCCCACAUUGACAACCUGAUCACCGGUGUGACCAAGAAGUACCGUUAUACUCUGCGCUUGGUGUACGCGCAUUUCCCGAUCACCGCCUCCAUCACCAACGGUGGCAAGCGCAUCGAGAUCAAGAACUUCUUGGGCGAGAAGAUCACCCGCGUUAUCGACAUGAUCGGCGAGGCUAAGGUACACUAGCGAUUCAUGUUUUAGGUUUUUGCAGCUUGAUUUUGAUUAUGGGUCUAUCCGCAUGGCAAAUCUAUCACACUACCAUGCCCAUGCGAGAAUGAGUGAGAUCCUGGCUGAGGGAAAGGCUGUGUUGAGAGAGCGGACGAUUUGGAUGCAUUUGGAUAGCUAAGCACAGCUCCACCUUUCGCUUGUUCGUCCCCUUGACAACAUGAUUUGGUUUAGACAAAAAUCUAAAUCGAACGACCUUGAUACAGGCCAUCAAGUCCGAGGCUACCAAGGACGAAAUCCUGAUCGAGGGUCCGGAUAUCGAUGACACUUCCCGCUCCGCCGCCCUGAUCCACCAGUCUUGCCUGGUCAAGAACAAGGAUAUCCGUAAGUUCUUGGACGGCAUCUACUGCAGCGGUCACGGACCGAUCGAGGAAAUGUAA